AGCGAACCAAAGAAGAUAUAUUUGUAACCCACUUGAGCGAAAUCGAAGAGAAACCCGACCCAUUUAUCACUCUCUUCAUUCUUCAAUCUUCAACCUAUCGACCUUCGUCUUCUUAAAAAAAAAAAAAAAAACCUAUCCACCUUCGUGCUUGAUAAAGAAAAACUACAAAUCGAUCCAAAAACAAAAGCAAGACUACAAGGAAAGCAACACCUCAGAAACUGGACUGUUUAGAGCAAAUACCAAACAUGGCGGCGGCGGCGGCGACGACGACGGAUGAGAGAUCACCGGAGCAGCAACCGGAAGAGAACCCACCACCUCCGCAAUCUGCCGAGAAUCCGCCUUUUCCCCAACCCUCUGAAACCCUAAGUCUAAAUGAUGUCCCCGACUCGCAAGACAACGAAGAUUCAAAUCAAGAAGAUUUAACAGGCGCAGCGCCCGCGAUUUCGUUCUCGCCGACAUCAGCCACCUCUGCCCGCCGCGGGGGCGGUGGCGGCGGUUCAAAGCGGAACAAGAGCAAGCGACUAAUUGCGUCCAGGUUGAAGAAAAUUCAGAAGAAGCUCGAGGCUCUCAACGAAAACCUCAAACUCAUUCCCUUCAAGCCGGCGAAAGAUCUCGACUUCGAUUCUCACGAGGGGCUUCUCAAGCGGCUGGGCCUGUGGGAUUUCGUGAAGCUCCAGUUCGACGCCAACAUACGCACCGAUCUCGUGGCGCAGUUGAUCGCCAGUUACGAUCCGCAGCAGCGCGGUAGCUACGUCAACGAGGUCCGGGUCAAGGUCAACCGCGCCGAUUUGGCUCGCGCGCUCAAGCUGCCGACCAAGAAGGAGAAGGUUUCAUCCUCGUCGGAGAGUUCUGCGGCGGCAGGGGAGGUGAAGGAGGGCGAAGAAGCUAUUGCGUUCGUUGACGAGCUGGUCUCGACUUGGAUGCUGCUGCACGACGACGAUACGUGGUUGAUGCCGGUGGAGAUUCACAAUAUGAUCAGGACGAUUAAAGAUGGCAACUUUGAGAGAAUGGAUUGGGCUGGGUUGAUUUGGUAUAUGGUUGAGAAGGAGCUGUCGGCUGCUCCCAAUCUAGGUAACUGUUACUACGCCUCGCACUUGCAAUGUUUGAUAAAAAGCCAGAAAGAAAAUAUGUUGAAGGAAGACGAUGCUUGUUAUAGAAAGGAGCUUGAUUUUAAGGAAGAUAUGAUACAAGAGGAAGAAGAGGAAGAGGAGGAGGCAUCGGUGAAACCAAGCGAGGAAGUGCAGCAUGUGGUGGUGGUGGCGAAGUCAGAAGAGGACAGCAUUCAAUUGAGCUUGGGAGGUUUGGAUAAUGCUGCUGCUGGGGAAGAUGGUGAAGCUAAAGCUGAAAAGGCCGGCAAUGAGGAUGUUGUGCCGCAACAACAAGAACAGGUGGGAAUGGUUUUUGAGGAGAGUAAAGUGGUAGUUGAAGAAGAACAGGCGGCAGUGGUUUUUGAGGAGAGUAAAGUGGUAGUUGAAGAAGACCAGGGGCAGUGGUUGAAUAGCAGUGUGAAUGAGAAUUUUCUGCAGCAUUGCAGCAGUUUGAAAGCCGAUGAUGGCUUGGAAUGUGAAGUGGAGAGGAAGCAAGAAAUGGAAGUAGAUGAUGAUGCAAUGAAAGAACCAGAGCAAGGAGAAGAGGUUGAUGUUGAGGAGCCAGUUGAAGAAAUGGAUUUCGACUGCACAUCCCAAGAGCAUGAUGCAAUGGGCGGUUUAGCUUCUGAGAAUCUUCUCGGAUCUAUGGAAUUAGCACAAGAUCCCCUCACUUCAGAUAUGCAGCAGCUUCAUGCUGACCUCUCUUCGGGGGAAUUUCUUGCAGCAUCUAGGAUUCACAUAGAGCCUAACCCUGGCAAUUCCUCACAUUUUGGUUCUGGGAAUGAUCUUAAGAGGGACAUUGCCCAUCUUGAUGAUGAAGAUGAUGAUGAUGACGACGAUAAUGAUAUCCCUCAUCAUGCAUUUGAUAAGAGAAUGAGGACUGAUGAUGCGCCAUGGGAGGGGAAAACUUCCUCGGAAACUGGCAUGUUGAUUGGACAAAUGCAGCAUUGUUUGGAAAAGCUGAGGGUUGCCCAAAUGGAAAAAGACCAGUUGUAUCAGGAGCAGAGUUUAAACCAGCAGAUGUUACUUAAUGAGUUGCAAAGUCGUGAUGACACGAUCCAGCACCUUCAUAAGUUGAGGUAUGAGGAGCAACAGAAGAGCCAGAUUGAAGUUUACAAGCUCGAGCGUGAAUUGUGUAUGAUGGGCAAUCUCUUGGAAGGGUAUAGAAGGGCUUUGAAGGAGACGCAUAAAUCAUUUUCUGAAUACAGAGCGAAAUUCCCAUCACACGAAGAACCACUCUACAAGGAUGCUGGCCCUGGUGGUCUUGUUCUGACUGCUGCAGAAUUGAAAAAGCAAAGAUUGAGGGAAGAGGAAGAAGAAAGGUUGGCACGUUUGUUUAUUGAGAAGAAGCUUAAAGAAUUUGAGGAGGAAUGGGUUGGGAAGUUUGAAGGAUACAAAGAAGGGAUUGAACUGUUGGGAGAUAAGUUGUUGGGUGGCGAGAAGAAUGUCAAGCUUUUGAUGGAAAUGCAUUUGAAGAAGCAGAAGCCCCCUCAGAUUUCUGAAUCUACUCCUACGGAGUAGCUAAUUGUCACAUCUGUCGGAUGGUUCGUUUGAUUUCACUCUCUAUGUAGGGUGUGGUUGUGUCAAUGGUUCUAACUAGGAAAGAUGCUAAUUGGUGUUUUAUCGUACCGUGGUCGUAGCAGUUGAUUUGUUACAAUGGAGUGUUUAUAUAUGCAGGGGUAGAAAGGUGUAUGAAUCUCUUCUAGCCAGUCUUUUUGACGUUCGACUCUCUUUCUUGUUCCCACUACUUGGUAUGUCGAAUGUUGCAAGAGCAUGUUUACUGAUCUUAUAGUUGAUCUGGUGUGCUUUCUGGAGUGCUUCUUUCAUAUCCUUAUUGAACGAUGCAAAAUCUUGUUAUUCGCAUGGUUCAGGCUACAGCUUUUGUAGGCGGACCAGAUAGCAUCCUAAUUUUUUGUAUUUCCAGUUUGGUCAUCUCAGUCUCCAGUCUGUUCUUGUUAACACCUUAUGUCUGCAGAUCCCAAGUACUGGUCUUUGAUUGGAGGCUUUCCUCACUCUGCUCAUGUAUCAUGGUCGAAUUAUUUUUCAUGUCGGCGCGGUUCUUUGGAACUUCGAAGCUGUGAAGAUUCACAGCUUCAGUCAGAUUGUUGUAUGAAUUUAUGUCUGGCUUCGCAUCACUUCGAUUAAAUUGGUACAGUAAGAUAAGAGCUCUUGCAGUGUUCUACUUGAGCUACUUUUGAUUCCGAGCUGAUCACUGAUAAGAAAGUUAGUUCCCAUUAUAGUGAAUCUGUCUUGGGAACUUUUGCGCUGCAGAUGUCAAUCUUCAUGCUCUUCUUUGCCUUGCCUUGCUUGCUUGAUGAUUGCUUGAUAGCACUGAGUGACUGCCCGAAUAUGAAGUCGAUGAAAAGGCAGAAGGCAGUGGCUGGUGGGGGCUGAAGAAUCUCCCCAGCUCAUUGCUUGAUCAUCUUAGCCUACUUUUUUUUGGCCAAUCUUUUCUGGUUAGGAGGGUUGUCCCAAGAGAGAAAAGCCACCAUUCACAAAAGCUGCUUUCUUUGAUCGCUGUUUGUGCCCUUUAGUGGUGAUCUCAUUCAGGAACUUUACAGCAAGUACCAUCCAAAAAGCUUUUUUCUUUCCCACCUAUGUUGCAUUGCAUCCUAUGCCUAUGCAUGUGCUUCAGUUUGGGUCAAGUCAGUUUGUUGCCGAAGAUAGUCUGGGUGGGAUGCUAGUCAAAGUCGUUAAGGUAUGCGAGUUAUGAUUCGAUCAGUACGAAGCAUUCAAAAAUUUAUGAAAAUCGCUCAUGUUAGUUUGAGUCGAGUCCUAUAGCGUUGUAGAUCAAGCUAGCCAUUGGUCAAAGAGUGUCGACUCACUAACAAUUGCACAUCAUAGAUAGUUUUGCUGAAGAAAACAGCACACGAGUUCACCGGUGCUGGUACAACUACGUCUUGGACAGGUAAUCACCAUACACAAUGUUGAUAGUCAACACGAGUCGAGAAUCACACGAGUCGAGAAUCAUCGCAAAAUGGAUUGUUACUAUUUGCUGUUACAGAAGAACCCGAGUAGUUACGAUUAUCUCAACGAAACAAAUGAACAUUUGGCAUCUAA